GCGUCUUCCCCUUCCAGUUACAAAAGGGUGCCUUCCACUUCCUCCUGUUACAAAAGGGCACUUUCCACACUCAACUAAAACAACCACAACCACACCCACUACUACUAACAUUACAAAACCCACUACCAUCUCAGAACCCACCACCACAGCAACCAUCACUUCUACAGAGCCCACCACUAUAGCAAUCACCAUCACUUCCUCUGAACCGACCAACACAACUACCACCACUUCCACAGAACCCACCACCAUAGCAACAACAAUCACUGAUACAGAAUCUGCCUCCACAGCAACUAUCACUACUACUCAAUCUACUACCACCACACCAACCAUAACCACUGAAUCCAUCACCUCUACAGAAUCCAUGACAGAAACUACCACUGCAUCCACAGAGCCCACCAUAAGAGAAACCACCACUCUUUCCACAGAGUCUGCAACCACAGCAACCACCACUACUUCCACAGAAUCCUCCAUGGCAACCUUCAUUACUUACACAGAGCCUAUCACAAUAGAAACUACCACCACUUCCUCAAAACUCACCAAUAAAACAGCAACCAUCCCUACCACAGAGCCCAAAAGAGCAACCACCAUCACUUCAAAUGAAUCUGCCACCAUAACAGCAACCAUCACCACUUCCACAGAAUCCUCCACCACAGCAACCAUCAUCACUACUACAGAACCUACCACAAUAGUAACCAAUACUGUUUCCAUUGAACCCACCACCACAGCAACCACUUCAGCUGAACCUAUCACCACAACAGGAAACAAUACAACUUCCACAGACUCUACCGAAGCUGCCAUUAUUAUUUCCACAGAACCCAACAAAAUAGCAACCACCACUACUCCCACUUAUCCCUUCACCACAGCAACCACCAUCACUUCUACAGAACACACUAUUACAGCUACCACUAUACAAUCCACAGAAUUGCUCAGCACAGCAACCAUCAUUGCUACUACUCCAGAACACACAACCACUAUUUCUUCUAGAGAACCAACCACCACAGCAACCACAAGUUCAACUGAACCAGCCACCACAAUAGCAACCACCAUCACUUCCACUGAACCAUAUACUACUGUCACAAAAUACUCCACAGCAAGCAACAUUACUUCCAUGGAGCCUGCUGCAAUAGAAACCACCACUUCCACAGAACCCAUUGAUAAAACACCAACCAUUCCUACCACAGAGCCCACCACAGAAACCACUACCAGUUCAUCUGAACCUAUCACAAUAGCAACCAUCACUUCCACAGAGCCCACCACCAUUUCAACUGAACCUACAAAGAAAAUAGCAGCCAAACUUCCCACAGAGCACACCACAACAGCAAUUACCACCACUUCAACUCAACCUAACACCUCAGUAGGAAAAACCAUAACUUCUACAGAAUCUACUACCAUUUCCACAGAAUCCACCACAGCAACUAUCAUUACUUCCACAGAACCUACCACAACAGUGACAACUACUUCCACAGAGUCCACCAACCCAGGAACCAUGACCAUUUCAACUGAACCUUCUGCUAAACCUGUAACCAUCAUUUUCACAGUGCCAACCACCAUAGCAACUACCACCACUUCAACUGAAACUACCACAACAGGAAACAUUAUAACUUCCAAGGAACCUGCCAUGACAGCAAUAAACAUCACUUCUUCAGAGCACACCACCAUAGCAAACACCACCACUUCUACAGAACUGACCAACACAGUAGCCACUGUAACUUCAACUGAACCUACCCCAACACCAGCAACCAUCACUUACGUAGAGCCCACCAUCACAGCAACCAACACUGCUUCUACUGAACCUCCCACCACAGCAGCAGCCAUCACCAUGUCCACUGAACCUUAUAAAAGUUCCACAGAAUAUACCACAGCCACCAUUACUAUUUCUACAGAACCCACUACAAUAGCAACCACCACCACUUUCAUAGAGCCCACCACCACAGUAAACACCACUUCUUCCACAGAAUCACCCACCACAGCAACCAUUGUCACUUCCUCAGAACCUACCACAUUUUCAACAACCAUAACUUCCACAGGUCCCACAACCCAAGCAACAACCAACACCUCUGCAGAAUCAACCACCACAGCAACCACUACAGCUUCCAUGGAACCUACAACCAAAGCAACAAUCAACACCUCUGUAGAACCCACCUCCAUAACAACAACCAUCACUUCUACAGAGCCCACCACUACAGCAGUAACCACUACUUCCUUGGAAUCCCCCAACAUAACGAACAUCUUGACAAUUAUAAAACCCACCACAAGAGCAACCAUCACAGCUUCCACUGAAACCCUCACCACAGCAAACACCCCCAGCUCCAUAGUAUCAACCAUCAGAACACCAACCAUUACCACUUCCACAGAACCCUAUACCACUUCCACAGAAUCUACCACAGUAACUACCAUUACUUCCACAGAGCCCACUAUUACAGCAAUCACCAAUAUUUCUGCAGAAUCCCACACCACAGCAACAAUCAUCACUAGUACAAAACCCACCACCCAAGCAAUCACUAUCACUUUGGCUGAACCUACCACAACAACAGGAACUACCACAACUUCCACAGACAUUAUUACGCAUGCAACAAUCACGUCUAUGGAAUCUACCACCACUGAACCCACCAUAACAUCAACUAUCACUUCCACCAAGCCCACUAAUCCAACAACCACAGCUACUUUAACUAAACCUAGAACCACAACAGCAACCAUCACUUCCACAGAACCCCCCACCACAGCAACCAUUAUUACUUCAGAACCUACUAUCAAGAAAACCACCAUCACUUUGACUGUACCUAUCACCUCAAACAGAACCACUACAACUUCUACUGAACCUAGUGCCACAGCUACAAUCUUCACUUCUAGAGAAUCCACCAACAUACCAACCACAACCACUUCCACUGAAUCAACCACAAUGGCCACCAUCAACACAAACAAUGAACUUUAUACCACUUCCACAGAAUCCAUAGCAGCCACCAUCAUUACUUCCACUGAAUCAGCCACAGUAGCAAACAAAAUCACAAAGCCUACCACUACAGCAACCAUCACCAUGUCCAAAGAAUCUCCCACCACAUCAACCAGCAUCACUACUACAGAAUCUACCACAUUAGCAACCCGCACCACUUCCACUGAUCUCAAUACUACAGCAACCCCUACCUCUCUAACUGAAUCUACUACCACAACAGGAACCACUACAACUUCCAUACAACCCACAGCCACAGCAAUAAUCAACACUUCUGAAGAAUCCAUCACCACAGGAACCACCACUUCUACUGAGCCCAACACCAGAGAAACUACUACCACUUCCAUAGAAACCACCAACAAGACAGCUACCAUUUCCACUUCCACAGAACAUUAUGCAACUACCACAGAAUCUACUAUACCAGCCAUCAUUAAAGAGCCAACCACCACAGUAACCACCACCAAUUCAACUGGACCUACCACCACAACAGCAACCAUUACCACAGAACCCUAUCCCACUUCCAAAAAACCUACCACCACCACCACAGCAGUCAUCACUUCCACAGAUUCCACUACCAUAGCAACUACCACCAUUUUCACAGAACCCAUCACCACAACAGCAACCAUCACGUCCACAGAGCCUUCCACUGCUGUAACCACUGCUACUUCCACAGAAUUUCCCACCAUAGCAACCAUCAUAACUACUACAGAACCUGCCACAACAGAAACCACCACUGUUUCCACUGAACAAAUCACCAUAGAAAGCAUUAUCACUUCAACUGAACCUACUACAACAGGAACCACAACUUCUAGAGAUACCACCAGCACAGCAACAAUCAUUACUUCCACAGAAUCCACCACUGCAGCAAUCAACACCACUGCAACUGAAUCUGCCACCACAACAGGGUCAAUCACAACUUCCACAGAUAUUACCAACACUAUAGGAACAAAUAUCAGUUCUAUAGAGUCCAACACCACUUUCAUAGAACCCUAUAUCACUUCUGAACCAUCCACCACAGCAACCAUAUUUACUUCCACAGAAUCCACAAUAGCAACCACUGCAACUUCCAUAUCACCCACCACCACAAUGGCAACAAUUAAUUCCACAGAGCCCAACACUACAGCAAUAUCCACCACUUCAUCUGAACCUGCCACCACAAUACAAAUCACCACCACUUCCAUAGGACCUACUACCAAAGAAACAACUAUCACUUCCAAAGAUUCAACCAAAACACCAAUCGCCACCACUUUAACUGAGCCUACCAACAAAACAGCAAACAUCAUCACUUCCACAGGACCCUACACUGCUCCCAUGGAAUUUACCAUGAUAGCAACCACCACCAAUUCCACAGGACCCACCCUUUCAACAGCAUCCAUCACUACCACAGAUUCUACCACCACAGAAAGCACUACUACUUCCACAGAGACCCCCACCACAGCAACAAUAGUCACAUCUACAGAACCUUCCACAUUGGCAACCACCAUUAUUUCCACAGAACCCAUCAUCAAAACAGCAAUGAUCACUUCUACAGAACCUACCACUGUAGUAACUACCACUAUUUCCACAGAAUUGCCCAAUACAGCAGCCAUCAUCACCACUACAGAACCCACAACAACAAGCACCACUGCUUCCACUGAAAACAGCACCACUUCAAAUAAACCUCCCACCACAUCAGCAACCUUCACUUCUACAGAACCCUAUACAGCUUCCACAGAAUUAACCACAAAAGCCAUCAUUACCUCCACAGAACCCACCACAGUAGCAAUGAACAACAUUUCCCCAGAACCCACCACCACAGUUUCCAUGAUUACUUCCACAGAGUCCACCACCACACCAGCAAUAUUCACCCCUACAGAAUCCACCUCCAUAGCAACCACCAGCACUUCCACAGAAAUUCCAGCCACAGAUAUUAUCAAUACUAAUACAGAACUCACUACAAGAGCAGUCACUGCUUCCACUGUGCCCACCACCACCACUUCCACAGAGCCCACCACCACAUUGGUAACCAGUAACACUUCCAGAGAACCUUAUUCCACAUCCAUAGAAUCCACCACAGCAACCAUAUUUACCUCUACAGAACCCACCACAAUAGCAAACACCAUGACUUCUACAUCAUUUACCACCAAAAUGGGAACAAUUACUUCCACAGAGCCCACUACAGCAACUACCACUUCAUCUGAACCAACCACCACAACAGAAAGCUUCACCACUUCCAUGGAAGCCUAUGCUACUUCCACAGGAUCCACCAAAAUAGCAACCACUAACACUUCCAUUUAUCCCACCAUCACUGCCACAGAGCCUACCACUAUAGCAACCACAAGUAUAUCCACAGAAUCCCCCACCACAACCAUCACUACUAUAGAACCUACCAUAGCAACAACCAACACAGGUUUCACCAAUCUCACUUCCACAGCAAUCACUACUUCAACUGAAUCUCUCACCACUACAGGAAUCACCACAAUGGCCACAGAGCAAACCACAGGAGCAGUCAUCAUUGAUUCUACAGAACCCACCACCACAGCAACCCCAGUCACUUCAACUGAACCUACCACCACAACAUCAACCAUCACCACUUUCACAAAAUCCACCAUCACAUCAGCACCCAUCAGUUUCAUAGCACCCACUGCUACAGCAACAUUCACUACUUUACCAGAAUUCGCUACCACACCAACCAGAUUUACUACUAAAGAACCAACCACGCCAGCAAUCACUACCCCCUCUACUGAACCUACUACCACACCAGCAAUAACCACUUCCAUAAAAUCCACCACCAGAACAGCAACCACUACCACUUCCACAGAACCCUACAUCACUUCCACAGAGUCUACCACAGCAAACACCAUUACUUCCAUAGAGCCCACCACCACAGCAACCACCACUACAUCUGAAGAAUCCCACAACAGGGCAAAACUCAUCACUACUAUAGAACUCAUCAGCAAAGGAAUAACCACCACUUCAACUGAACCUACCACUGCAAUAGGAACCACCACCACCUCCACAGAACCCACCACGAGAGAAAAUAUCUUCACUUCUAGAGAAUCCUCUACCACAUCAGACACAAUCACUGUAAGUGAACCCACCACCACAGCAACCACCAAUUCCACUGAACCUAGCACCAAAAUAGCAACUAUCACCACUUCCACAGAACCCUAUGCCACUAACAGAGAAUCCACUACCACAACAGCACCCAUCACUCCCACAGAGCCUGCCACUACAGUAGACAUCACUACUUCCACAGAAUUCCCCAACACAGCAACCUUCAUCAGUACUACAGUACCCAUCACAUCAGCCACCACCCCUGCUCCCACUGAAUUCAUAACCCCAGCAACCAAAAUCACUUCAACUGAACCUACCACCACAGCAGGAACCAUCACCACCCCCACAGAACCCACCACCCAAGCAACAAUCUUUUCACCUAGAGAAUCCUCUGCCACCACAACCACAACCACUGUAACUGAACCCACUACCACAGCAACCACCAAUCCCACUGAACUUACCACAAUAGCAACUAUCCCCAUUUCCACAGAUUCCACCUCCACCACAGCAGCUAUCACUUACACAGAACCUGCCACAAUAGCAAGCACAGCUAUUUCCAGAGAACCCAUUGCCACAACAGCAACCAUCACUUCCACAGAGCCUGCCACUACAGUAGCCAUCACUACCUCCACAGAAUUCCCCAACACAGCAACCAUCAUCAGUACUACAGAACCCACCACAACAGCAACCACUCCUGCUUCCACUGAACACAUAAACACAGCAACAAUUACCACUUCAGAUGAACCUCUUCCCACAACAGGAACCACCACAACUUCCAGUGAAUCAACCACAAGAGAAACAAUAACCACUUCUACAGAAUCUACCACCAUAGCAACCACCAUUACUCCAACAGAACUUACCACGACACCAGCAGCCACUGCCAAUUUGACAGAACCUACCAUGAUCACGUCAGCACCCAUCAGUUUCACAGCACCCAGUUCUAUAGCAACCGUCAGUAUAUUACCAGAACUCUCCACCACAGCAAACAGUAUCACCACUACAGAACCCAGCAGAACAGCAAUCACCACUGCUUCCACUGAACCCACCACCACAGCAACAAUAAACACUUCCAUAAAAUCCACCACCAGAACAGCAACCACCGCCACUUCCACAGAACCCUGCACCAUUUCCACUGAGUCUACCACAGCAAACACCAUUAAUUCCAUAGAGUCCACCACCACAGCAACCACCACUACAUCUGCAGAAUCCCGCAACAAUGAAAAACUCAUCUCUACCAUAGAACUCAUCAGCAAAGAAAUAAUCACUACUUCAACUGAACCUACCACCACAACAGGAACCACAACUUCAUCCAGAGAACCCACCACCGGAGCAAAUCUCUUCACUUCUAGAAUCAACCACACCACAUCAACCACAACCACUGUAAGUGAACCCAGAACCAGAGCAGCAACCACCAAUCCCACUGAACCUAGCACCAAAAUAGCAACUAUAACCACUUCCACAGACCACUAUGCCACUACCAGAGAAUCUACUACCACAACGGCACCCAUCAUUCCCACAGAGCCUGCCACUACAGUAGCCAUCACUACCUCCACAGAAUUCCCCAACACAGCAACCAUCAUCAGUACUACAGAACUCACCACAACAGCCACCACUCCUGCUCCCACUGAACACAUAACCACAGCAACCAUCACCACUUCAAAUGAACCUCUCCCCACAACAGGAACCACCACAACUUCCACAGAAUCAACCACAAGAGAAGCAAUAGCCACUUCUACAGACUCUACCACCACAGCAACCACCAUUACUGCAACUGAACUUACCACCACAAAAGCAGCCACUACCACUUUGACAGAGCCCACCAUCUCAUCAGCACCCAUCAGUUCCAUUGCACCCGCUGCUGCAGCCAUCAGUACUUCACCAGAACCCUCCACCACAGCAAACAGUAUCAAUACUACAGAAACCACUGGAACAGAAAUCACCACCCCUUCAACCCAACUCACUGCCACAGCAGCAACAACCACUCCCAUAAAAUCUACCACCAGAACAGCAACCAUUACCUCUCCCACAGAACCCAAUACCACUACCAUUGACUCUACCACAGCAACCAUCAUUACUUCCAUAGAGCCCACCACUAUGGCAACCACUUCCACAGAAUCCCACGCCACAGCAACAAUAAUCACUACUACCAAACUCACCACCAAAAAAAUCACCACACUUUAACUGAACCUAUCACCACAACUGGAACUUCCACAACCUCCAAAGAACCCACUACAAGAAAAACAAUCAGUUUUACAGAAUCUAUCACCAUAUCAACCAUGACUGCUUUAACUGAACCCAGCAGCACUUCUGCUACUAUUUCUAAUCUCUAACACCACAGCAACCACCACCAAUUCCACCGAACUUACUACCACCAGAGGA